AAAUAAAAGCACCAACGCCAUGCUUCUUCAGAAAAAGCAGAGCCAUACAAGAUCAAAGACUGACCAGUCCAAAUCCAAUUCUUUAACUUCUUUUCUUGAUUUUAGAAGAUUUGCUUUUUAUUUUCCCACAGAACUAAAGAAUUUUCUUUGGGGUUUGCUUUGUCUCCAAGCCAACUUUGUUGCCUAUUAGUAUUUUCUACUUCUUUUCAGAAGCUCACUUUUUUUCCACUUUAUUUCCUCUCAUGCCAAUGUUCCUGAUAUAAUUUGGAAAGAGAUUCACCCAAAUCUUCUGUUUAGAGUGGAAUUUUGAACUCCAAAUUGACUGCAAUGGAAGAAAUACCGUUCCCUGCAUGGUCAUGGUCUGUUGAGCAAUGUUCGAAACAGUACAAUGUGAAGCCGGAUAAGGGUUUAAGUUCAUAUGAUGUUGAGAAGCGGCGUGAGAGAUAUGGAUGGAAUGAACUCGCAAAAGAAAAGGGUAAGCCCUUGUGGCGUCUUUUACUGGAACAAUUCGAUGAUAUGCUUGUGAAAAUUCUGCUGGUUGCGGCUAUUAUAUCAUUUAUUUUAGCUUACUUGCAUGGAAGUGAAACUGGGGAGGAAUCUGGAUGUGAAGCUUAUGUGGAACCAUUUGUGAUAGUGUUGAUUUUAGUCCUCAAUGCCAUUGUUGGGGUGUGGCAAGAGAGUAAUGCUGAAACAGCACUUGAAGCACUGAAGGAGAUGCAAUGUGAAUUCGGAAAGGUUCUAAGGGAUGGGUAUUGGGUACCGAAUUUGCCAGCACGGGAGCUUGUACCAGGAGAUAUUGUGGAAUUACGAGCUGGGGAUAAAGUGCCUGCUGACAUGAGAGUUGCAGCUCUAAAGACAUCAACAUUGAGGGUUGAGCAGAGCUCAUUGACUGGGGAGGCUAUGCCUGUUUUGAAAGGCACUUCUCUUAUAUUCAUAGACGACUGUGAAUUGCAGGCCAAGGAAAACAUGGUUUUUGCAGGCACAACUGUUGUGAAUGGGAUCUGUGUUUGUAUUGUUAUAAGCACUGGGAUGAACACUGAGAUUGGAAAGAUACAGAAGCAAAUACAUGAAGCUUCUUUAGAAGAAAGUGAUACGCCUUUGAAGAAGAAGCUGGAUGAAUUUGGGGGCAGGCUUACAACUGCAAUUGGGCUCGUCUGCAUUAUUGUUUGGAUCAUAAAUUACAAAAAUUUCCUCUCAUGGGAUGUUGUGAAUGGAUACCCUGUAAAUAUCCGAUUUUCUUUUGAGAAAUGCACUUACUAUUUCAAGAUUGCUGUUGCCCUAGCUGUAGCUGCAAUUCCUGAAGGUCUUCCUGCAGUAAUCACAACUUGUCUAGCUCUAGGCACCAGGAAAAUGGCACAAAAGAAUGCAAUUGUUAGAAAACUUCCAAGUGUGGAAACCUUGGGAUGUACAACUGUGAUUUGUUCAGAUAAAACUGGGACUUUAACCACAAACCAGAUGUCUGUGUCAGAAUUCUUCACUUUGGGUGGGAAAACUACCUCUUCUAGAAUUUUUCAUGUUGAGGGAACGACUUAUGAUCCUAAGGAUGGGGGUAUUGUUGAUUGGACUUGCUACAAUAUGGACGCUAAUUUACAAGCCAUGGCAGAAAUAUGUGCUCUUUGCAAUGAUGCUGGGAUCUUUUGUGAUGGACGUCUGUUCCGAGCCACUGGUUUGCCCACUGAGGCAGCACUCAAGGUUUUGGUUGAGAAGAUGGGAGUCCCUGAUGUCAAGGCAGGAAAUAAAAUUCGUGAUGCUGAACUUGUUGCAAACUAUUUGAUUGACAGCAAUACAGUAAAAUUAGGAAGUUGUGAAUGGUGGACAAAGAGAUCAAAAAGGAUUGCGACGCUGGAGUUUGAUCGCAUUAGGAAGUCGAUGAGUGUCAUCGUCAGGGAGCCCAAUGGGAGUAAUCGACUUCUUGUCAAGGGAGCUGUUGAGGGCUUACUGGAGCGUAGUUCACAGGUGCAGCUUGCAGAUGGAUCGCUUGUUCCCAUUGAUGAAACUUGUAGGCAACUAUUGCUUACGAGACUCUUGGAGAUGAGCUCCAAAGGAUUGCGGUGCUUGGGACUGGCAUAUAAGGAUGACCUGGGAGAAUUUUCAGACUACUAUGCAGAUAAUCACCCUGCCCACAAGAAGUUGCUUGAUCCAGCUUGCUACUCCUCCAUUGAAAAGGAUUUAAUUUUUGUAGGGGUUGUUGGUCUGAGGGACCCGCCACGUGAUGAAAUUCAUAAAGCAAUUGAGGAUUGUAGAGGUGCUGGUAUUAGAGUCAUGGUGAUAACAGGAGAUAACAAGUCUACCGCUGAAGCAAUCUGUAAAGAGAUCAAGUUAUUUUAUCAAGACGAAGAUCUCAGGGGAAGAAGUUUUACUGGUAAAGAGUUUACGGCUCUCACCCCUUCACAGCAAAUGGAAAUUUUGUCUAAACCUGGAGGAAAGGUGUUCUCGCGUGCUGAGCCCAGGGAUAAACAAGAAAUUGUACGGAUGCUGAAGGAGAUGGGUGAGAUUGUUGCUAUGACUGGAGAUGGAGUGAAUGAUGCACCUGCUCUCAAACUUGCUGACAUUGGAAUUGCCAUGGGUAUGACAGGGACUGAGGUCGCCAAGGAAGCUUCAGAUAUGGUUUUAGCUGAUGAUAAUUUUAGUACCAUUGUUUCAGCAGUUGCAGAGGGACGCUCAAUUUAUAACAACAUGAAAGCUUUUAUCAGGUACAUGAUAUCAUCUAAUGUUGGAGAGGUGAUAUCCAUAUUUCUAACAGCUGCACUGGGAAUACCAGAGUGUCUGAUACCUGUGCAGCUUUUAUGGGUGAAUUUGGUUACUGAUGGCCCGCCUGCAACAGCUCUUGGUUUUAACCCUGCUGAUGUUGAUAUAAUGCAUAAACCGCCUCGAAAAAGCAAUGAUCCCCUUAUAAAUUCUUGGGUUCUCUUCCGUUAUUUGGUUAUUGGUUCUUAUGUAGGCAUUGCAACAGUUGGAAUCUUCAUUUUGUGGUACACUCGUGCUUCUUUUCUGGGUAUCAAUCUGGUGAGUGACGGGCAUACGCUCAUUGAACUAUCUCAGCUUCGCAAUUGGGGGGACUGCUCAAAAUGGUCAAAUUUCACUGCGACUCCCUACUCGGUUGGUGGAGGACAGAUGAUCACCUUUUUAGAUCCUUGUGACUAUUUCUCCAUUGGUAAAGUGAAGGCGAUGUCUCUUUCCCUCUCUGUAUUGGUAGCAAUCGAGAUGUUCAAUUCCCUGAAUGCACUUUCUGAAGACAAUAGCUUGGUCAUAAUGCCACCUUGGAGGAAUCCUUGGCUUUUAGUUGCUAUGUCAGUUUCAUUUGGACUCCAUUUCCUCAUACUCUACCUUCCAUUCCUGGCAAAUGUGUUUGGUAUUGUCCCACUGAGUCUCAAUGAGUGGUUUCUAGUCAUCUUGUUUUCAGCUCCUGUGAUUCUCAUUGAUGAGAUUCUUAAAUAUGUGGGAAGGAGUAGAAGAUACAGAACUAAGAAGAAGACAGCAUAAUCUUAGGAAUUCAUAGUCUAACUAUAAACACUUGCAUUGAAAUUGGGUUUAUUGUUUCUGUUGUGGGCUGUCUGAAUAUAAAUAGAGACGAGUCCAUUUAGUGUUUGCUAUUGGGUCUGUUCGUAUUGCGGUGAGCCCAAUAGUACAAAGACCAUACUUAUCUGUAAAUGAUUUUCAGUCAUCAAUAAUAGUAAAAAAAUCUCAACAUUUGGUGA